AUGACUCUGUUCUCGACGAUUAACUCACUUCCCGAGUUUGAAUUUUCAAGCCUCAAUUCCUCAUCUGGAACUUUACCUGAGCUUAUUUUGAGGACAUUCUCUCAGUAUUGUGAGUACAAACGUACUCCCAAUGGAAGGUUGCUGGCACCGAAUUGCACCAGAGAAAUGGCGGGUUGCAUUUUGCGACGAAAUCAGUUUUGUCGAGGCUGA